UCCGCCGGAGAACAUGUUGCACCUACUGCUAGUGCUGUGCUUCGCUCUAUUCUGCUUUUGGUUGGCCAAUCGACGAACACGGUACUGGGCCUCGCGUGGUGUGGAGCACGUGACCUGUCUGGAAUUUAUACGCAACACCGUCCGGAUGUACUUCACGCCUCUUCACAUCAUUUGGCAAGAGGUAUACAGGAAACACGGACCUAUUACAGGUACAUUCACCAUGGCUACUCCAACACUCAUGGUCGGUGAUCCGGUUUUGCUGAAAGAGAUCAUGGUCAAGAACUUCAGCUCGUUUCCAAAUACGGAGUUCAUCAGGCAGGUGGGCGACCCGGUGCUCGACAACAUGCUGGUGUCUCUAUUGAACAAGGAAUGGCAUGUUACCAGAAACAUCGUAUCGCCCGUUUUUAGUACAUCCAAGAUGAAGCAGAUGGUGGUCACUGUGAACAAAUGCGCCAAGGACAUGGUGCGGAACUUCGCGGACGCCGCCAGGGAAGCGAAACCAUAUGAUGUCAAACUGAUCUUUGGAGCGUUUGGUUUAGACGUCACAGCGCAGACAACAUUCAGCUUCAGCCUGGAUGCCCACCGAGAUGUACACAAUCCGUUCAUCUUGCAAGCCAAGCGCUUUUUCGCCACAGAAUAUAACUGGAGGGCCUUUCUCAGCUUCCAGUUUCCUCGCCUCAGUGCAUUGAUCGGCUUACGCAUAUUCUGCCCGGACGCCGUCGAGUACUUCAGCCAUGUAAUGACGGACCUUCUACGGCGAAGGGCGGCUGACGUCAAGAACGACAAACCGGACUUUGUUCGCCUCUUGAUGAAUGCCGAGUGCAAGAACGAAGAGGGGUCCCCGCAGAAGGACACUGGAAAACGCGUACUCACCAGAGAUCAAGUUCUGGCACAGGCUGUCCUUUUCUUUGUCGCUGGUUACGACACAACAACAGUCGCGAUGUCGAUGGCUGUCUACUACCUAGCGCGGCACAAGGACAUACAGGCACGCCUGAUAGAAGAAAUCGAGGAUGUCCUUCAAAAUCAAGAAAGGACGUAG